AUGAAGUACACACAUGGCCUUAUUGAGCGCAUCGAGAGCAAGCUAACCUUCACCUUCCCCGACAAGCUCCCACUCGUGUUUGAUAAGAGGUCCUUUGGAUCAACCCAUUAUGUGGCUCUUUUUGCAACAAUCCCGUCCGACGACUCAAUUGGCUACUCCCAAGCAUUGUUAGCAUUUGCACCAAUCAACGAAAAGGAUUCUCUAAGUGCGACAGUGCACUUAGCGUUUGCGAGCUUUGUGUUGGAGUUCCAUCGAUUCAACUUCUUUGUGUCCGACCUGCUGUCCAACGAUGAUGAUGUGAUCCAAAAGGUGAACAUCUCGAUGCUUAAGCAACGCAAAAUCCUUCCCGCGGCACGCCUACGUCGUAUCAGACCCCGGCAGGCCAACACGCUCAAUGCAACACCCUGGAUAUCGGUGUCCAGCAUGUUAACUCGCUACUCUGAUAUCAAGAUGUUCAUUGGCCAGAUGGGUGACAAUGAUAUCGACAUGUUGGGAUUGAGUCCUGUCGAACUUGAAGAAUGUACCCCUUUCGACGUGCAGCGAAAUUUAUCGGAUAUUGAAGAUUAUCUGGAUGUAGCGCGCCGGUUGGGCGAAACCGCUGACAUUGUCCACUACAUUGGUUUCGAAUCUGGUGUCGUGAAGAUCCUCCGUGGAAAUGAAGAGGGGAUGUCGGCCACCGAGGUUGUGGACGUCCAGCCAUUGGCAUCCAACGCGGCGAAUCAAGUCGCGGCGGUUCAACCCAUUUUGUCCUUGACCAACUCGCGUUGUAGAAGCAACGCGUUGUUCGAGUCGUCGGUGGGUGGGUCCAUUUGCGGCAUCUACAGUCUGUAG